GUUAAAUUUUUAUUUACCAAAAUAACAGUGUGUACAAAUAAAUGCAAUCAAGAAAACCUUUUGUGAUUUUUUUCCAGGGCUACCAAGCCUCUGCUGCAGAACGGAUGUAAAAGCGGAUGCGGACAUCCGCAAAAAAGUUUCAUCAUUCUUUCGGGCUACUCUAAGAACAUGAGCAAGAAGAGCAAUGUUUGGCAAUUCUUUUACAAGGCCUCUGAAACAGUGGCGACCUGCUGCCUGUGUAACAGAAACUAUUCGAGGAAGGGUCGUGGUACCACUUGUCUCCGUAACCACCUGAAAAGCAAACACCAAGACGAGUUUCUAACUCUUGAAGACGUUAAAUUCGCAGUGAAGAGGGAAAUCAACGGAAAUCCUAACACAGCGCUUUUGGAGUUGAACUUGCAUGAACCCGAUUCAGAUCCUUUGGAAAGCGAGGAUUCCCUCGUAAGAGCGCGUUGUGAUGAAAAACUGGCACUGAUGCUUUUGAACCAAUCGUUCGCGUUUAUUGAAGGAGAAGGAUUUAUUAACUUUGUGAAGGUCCUUCAGCCAAGAUAUGUGAUCCGUUCGAAGAGCUACUACGAGAAUCUACUGUGCCACGAUAUAUACAGGAGGAUGCACGCGCACGUGAAGCAGCAGCUUGAUCUCCUUGACUCCUUCUCGCUAUCAACAAGUCUGUGGUGGGAAGGUGCCAAUAGUGAGGGACUGCUCAGCUUGUCUUGUUCUGCUAUUUCCAGGGAUUUCCAAAGCCAUCGAUUUACGCUAAGGUGCGAAGCCCUUAACUACGACUGCCCUUCAAGGCUAGCAUGUUGUAUUCGGGACCUCAUUCCUGGCAUGGCAAUAGAAGUGCCGAAGGAAAGGGUGCAUUGCAUCAUUAGGGACGAGCCAACGGCUCUGCCGGGAUCACUUCCCGACUGCAGUGUGCAUCGCCUGCAAAUGUGCGUGAGAUUCGCACUGCAGUCGAACGAAGUACUCCAGAAUUUGUCGUCGAAAUGCAAGCAAAUAGUUGACCACUUUGCCCAUGACCAGACGGCCCAUGAUCAUCUCAAAUUCAUUCAAGAGAUUCACCUCAAACAAGAGGCACGCUCAAUACUACCCGUUGUUCCGCUUGAAUGGAAUGCAACCUUUCAGAUGAUGGCAAGCGUGUUCAGGAUGAAGGAUGCACUCACUUUGUACUCUGAGGAGUAUAAUCUUGUUCAGAUAUAUCCGGAUGAGUGGACAGACAUCGAUUUGUGCAAUAAGGUAAUGCAGCCGUGUGAGGAAAUCAUUAAGAUCUGGAGUUACACAUCAACGUCGGCCUCAUCGGUAAUACCACUCGUUGCCGCUUUAAGGGAUUCCCUUCGAACGGACGUGCACAACUAUGUUUCCUCCGUGACUAUUUGCAGUUUUGCCAGAAAGCUGCUGGAAGAGCUGGAUAUGAAGUUUUCACACAUCACCAGCGAUAUUAAAUAUUUAAUUGCCACCUAUUUGGAUCCAAGAUACAAGCAGGCCUUUUUUACUGAACGAGAGGAGCAUCUGGUGGCCAAUGAAGUUAUGCAGCUGCUACUUGCCACUGUUCAAGGGGACGGCAACGGCCAACCGGCAUUAAAAAUAAUUAAAGUGUCAUCCUCGUCGUCGUCUCUGAAGAUGAACGAGUCCAAAAUAGAUAGUAUUCUGGACAAUAUACUAACGGCUGGUUCACCUGCUAACAUUCAACAGACGGCGACAACAGCGUUUGGCUCCCAAUCGCAGAUUAAAAAUCUUCUUUAUUUAUACAACUCUGAGCCAAGAAUUGAUAGAAACAUGGAUCCCCUAUUGUGGUGGAAGGCGAACAUCAAAUAUAGUUCUAUGUAUGGCAUUGUUCGGAGAUUCCUGUCGGCGCCAGCAGCAAGUGCCAGCGGCGAACGAUUGUUUCGGGAAUCUGCACACCUGUACAGUGACAUGCGAGCAGGACUGAGUCCUGUAAGUGCAUCAAAAAUAUUGCUCCUCAAGUCUAAUUACACUUCGGACAGUAAGGAGAAUAAUGUUUAAUAUCUAGACACUUUA